CUGGCGCUACCCCUCACCCCCUCCCUGAAGGAGGCGCCAACAUUUCUGAAGGAGGCGCCAAUAUCUCUGAACGAGGCGCCAAUAUCUCUGAAGGAGGCGCCAAUAUCUCUGAAGGAGGCGCCAACAUCUCUGAAGGAGGCGCCAACAUCUCUGAAGGAGGCGCCAACAUCUCUGAAGGCGGCGCCAAUAUCUCUGAAGGAGGCGCCAACAUCUCUGAAGGAGGCGCCAACAUCUCUGAAGGAGGCGCCAACAUCUCUGAAGGAGGCGCCAACAUCUCUGAAGGCGGCGCCAACAUCUCUGAAGGAGGCGCCAAUAUCUCUGAAGGAGGCGCCAAUAUCUCCAAAGGAGGCGCCAACAUCUCUGAAGGAGGCGCCAACAUCUCUGAAGAAGGCUCCAAUAUCUCUGAAGGAGGCGCCAACAUCUCUGAAGAAGGCUCCAAUAUCUCUGAAGGAGGCGCCAAUAUCUCUGAAGGAGGCGCCAACAUCUCUGAAGAAGGCUCCAAUAUCUCUGAAGAAGGCUCCAAUAUCUCUGAAGGAGGCGCCAAUAUCUCUGAAGAAGGCUCCAAUAUCUCUGAAGAAGGCUCCAAUAUCUCUGAAGGAGGCGCCAACAUCUCUGAAGAAGGCUCCAAUAUCUCUGAAGAAGGCUCCAAUAUCUCUGAAGGAGGCGCCAAUAUCUCUGAAGGAGGCGCCAAUAUCUCCAAAGGAGGCGCCAACAUCUCUGAAGGAGGCGCCAAUAUCUCUGAAGGAGGCGCCAACAUCUCUGAAGGAGGCGCCAACAUCUCUGAAGGAGGCGCCAACAUCUCUGAAGGAGGCGCCAACAUCUCUGAAGGAGGCGCCAACAUCUCUGAAGGAGGCGCCAACAUCUCUGAAGGAGGCGCCAACAUCUCUGAAGGAGGCGCCCCUCUUACAGCUGUGUAUUGUUAAUGGGAUUCACUGGUCGGACCUUAGGGAGGGGGGUGAAACAACCAUGGGGGAACGAAAAGCACGUAUUAACCUUCCCUAUUCAAAAGUAUAUGAGAACGUUCCUGGUUUAAGCGUCAUAUUAGCUCUUAACUACUAUGUAAUAGUCAAGUAACAAAUACUUAACACACUUAGCAAAUCCAAGCAAGCUAAUCUCAUCACUCUGCAAGUUCUUAGCAAAUAAUAACAAUGCAUAACACAAUAUAGAACAAUCUUAGCCCGUAUAACAAUCUCAGUAACUAUAGCAGUAACACGUAACAGUGGGUUACAAUACAAAGAUUUUGCUGUUGUACAUCAUAAAAGGGUGUGAGGGGGAAUAUUAUACUAUACAUAACACAUCAACGUCAAUCAUAUUAUAUACAGAUGGGGGGGGGAGGAUUAAACAAUCAUGGCUGUAAGGGGAUGCUUGUUCGCUCAAGUGUUUCAACUACCACUUGACAAGUUGAACUACUCUGAGAGUCCAGGCCGACGUCGUCGUGGAGGUGAGAGUGGAAGUUGCCUCCACAUUCCCAACUGUGUUUACAAAACCUUUGUGUGCGCUCGUCACCGGGCUGCUGGAUGAGGCACGAGGUACACGGUGUCUCUCCUUGCGACCAGUGCAACAUUAGAGCACAGUUGCGUGGCCUUGUGUAGGGAGCACGCCCGCCUGCACAACUACGGUAGGAGUAGCCUAGUAAAUUGGGACUGUGCAUUUGUAACAAAAUCCGGUUAACUUUUUAGUCUGUUUUUAUUCGGGUGUGGUGACCACCAGCCAGGUCGGACGUUCCUGAGGUCUCUCCGCUCCUGGCUAGUGUUCACGUUGGGUGAUUGCUGGUUUGCCCUGCUGGUGGUGGUUUGCCACUGACAGGGUGUCGUUUGACUUAGCCAUGGGGACUUCUCGCCCUCCAGUGAAGUGGACAUUUUCGGCUGGUCUGGCAUUUACGGAGCCGGUGGACCAUUCGUUGGUUGGUGUCGUCCUGGUGGACGUGCUGCAUGUGCAGCUGUCGGACCUGGUGGGCGUCCAGCUGCUUCAGGGCAACUGUGAGAGAGGCGCUCUGGCGCACCUGUUAUCGG